GCACAAAACGUUCCAUGGCUUUGAGUAGAAAGGACGCAAGGCUUAUAGGUCUGUAGGCCUUUGGUGUCUCAUGACUUGCCUUGCCGGGCUUGGGUACAAAUACUACCCUUGCCACCUGCCAGGAUAUCGCGGCACGCUAUGAAAAUAUUGGCUAUGUGGGGCGUCAGAUAGUCUGCCUCUUUCUGUAGUAAAUAUUCCAUCAGAUCCGGGUGACUUAAAUGGUUAAAGCUCCUCAAAGAUUCCUUCACCAUAAAUUCCGUAAUUAUAAAACUUGGACCAACAUCAUUAUUCCAAGAUUCCGGUGUCUCCGUGAUUCCCGUCGUAUCCUGUGGGUUUUCAUCAAAACCCUCAACAUGUCCUCUGUUGUCUCUGCUCUUACUCCCAUGUCUUCUACUAAAGUUUCAGGUUGGACAUGGGGUUUUGAGAAAAACUUUUUUAUCUUGGCGGCGUCAUAAACGCUGUCGACCUGUUCGCAGAAAAGCUUCCAGGAGGCACGUUUUGCCGCUCUUGUAAUCUUAUUGUAUUUCUUGAGCCGUGCAGCCAUGCGUAAUACACAUCCUAAUAAACUUCCGCUUGUUUACUUUUUAACAAGUCUGUGGACCUCCUUCCCAAUAUUGCGAAUCUCUUCCGGGGUUUUCUUGGGCUGAUUUCCUUUCCCGAAGAGGACAACUGUCUUCGAAAGACCCCACCAGUGCAGUCGUAAUCUUGUUGACAUUAUCGUCAAUAGCUUCUAUGCUUGAAAAUCUAAAUCAUCUUGCCCAAGUCUUCUUCUGAGUAGCCUUCCGAAUUUUGUCUACUUGGUUUUCAACUUAUUCCGGAAGCCUAUCGAAUGGCCGUACUAUUCCAAACCUAAUGUUGCAAUUGUCAGAGAAAAAGUGUUUCAUGGAAUCCCUCCAAUCCUGAACCUCAUCGAUUAGAUUUUCCGAAUAUAUCGUUACAUCUUAUACCUCCUCCCUAAUCCUAUUAACAAAGGUAGCGAUGUUGCCAAUAUUAAGUGUUAUUAAGCAGUUAGUAUUCAAGAACUCUGCCCUAAAACAUCUUUAAAUAAUUCUCAAUACUUUUAAUGGAAUAUUCGAAUAUUCUGGUUGCAGAUUUGCUGCUAAUCAAUGUCCUUAAAAUGUAUGUGGUAGAUUCGAUGUUUAUUAUCUUUCUUCUUUUGUCCAUAUUCGAUGCAUGCAAGUUAGACACAAGGAAACCAUUAAAUACCGUUAUAUGGUAUUCAGCAUGUCUCCUUUCCCCUACCCAUUUCACCUAAGAGGACCUACACACUUUAUGAUUAUUGAUUGCAUGUGUAAGUUCCGGGCAGAUGUUUAACAUAAAACAACAAUCGCUAAGAAUAUGAAUAUUCAAAAUAUAAAACUGUUGAACUAAAAUAACAAAACAAAAACGAUUAUGGAUUAUUUCAUUAAAUUCAUUUUAAUUUUGAACUAUUUUGCCUUGGAAUUGUUCUUGUUUUUGUUAUUUAACUAAGGGGUAAGUAGCAAGUCAGUCAUAUAGUCAGUCAGUCGGGGUUAUGUGUGGUCGCUUUAUUAUAAUUUGCCUUUGCUAAAAAACGCAGUUGUAUUGCGUUUCUUAUUAUUUCAGCUACCUCAAUGCGCUCCUCCUGCGCCAAGAGAGUAGCAAACGGCCCCACAAAACCCCCAAUAACGAUAUGGACAUACUAAAGUCUUUAUGUAUGUAGUAUACACACACACAUGUAUGUACGUAAGUACAUACAUAGAGGUACAUUUGAAUAUAGGUACGUACUCUACAUGGACUAUAGUAGAAGUACAAGUAUAGUCUAGUCUACCAGCGAUACUUUUUUUUUUAAGUGUGGACUGUUAUGGGUCGGUUGUGUUAUAUUUCGUCAAAGUCUUCUUCUGCUUCUACAAUUCAAUCAUCAUCAUCAUCAUCAUUGUCGGUGUACGAGUGUAUAUUUUGCCGUUGCUAUUGCGGUUGAUGUUGCUAUUGUUGGUGUUCUUGUUUUCGAAUAAUUAUUUCGAAAGAAAUGUACAGUGGAAAGAAAAAGAGGCUAAAAGCAUACGAUUUUACAUGGAUCCUCUCAUUGUCAGCAGUGCCAUCAUUAAAGUCUACUCUCAUCUGAAUUGAAGGUUCUCUCUCUCUCUCUCCCCAUUGGAGACUAAAACUGGCUUUCUCUGCAAUAAAGUAACGAAUAGCUCUCCUUUCUAUCUGAAAUUCGCUGGCGAUUACAGAUAUUGAAAUGAAUACAGAGACAGCCCCGAAUGCUUUUCAGCAUCAUCAUAACACGAGGGCCGCCGAAAACUUUUUCAAUGUCCCCGAAUCCAUAACACUGCUAAACAUUGUAAAACCCGAGCGUUUGCAAAAUAAUCCCUUACCCGCUCCUUCAGCAGAAGAUGAAAAUCAACCAAACAACUCAGAACAGGAAAACAAAUCCUCCAUCAAUUCGUAUCAUCAUCACCGUGCCCCUCGUACACCCGAAAGUUAUUUCAAUGUACCAGAGUCAAUAGCUCUGCUAAACAUAGUCAAAUCGGAACGAAUACAAAGUGCAUUUCAAUCGAAUCGUAAAAAUCAUGCCAGUGUCUGGGAAAUGGUGGCCGAGGUCCUUAAUCGUUACAGUGCACGCAAACGCUCCGCCAAACAGUGCUGCAAUCGCUACGAGAAUCUCAAGAAAAUCUACACUCAGCUCAAAAAGAAUCCAGAACGCCAUGUGCGCCGCAAUUGGCCCUAUAUGUUUCUCUUCAAAGAGAUCGAAGAGCAAAGGGGAGAAUGUUGGGGUUCGAAUAGCAAACGCAUAGCGCUGUUGGCCAAAAAUCAAGAUGAACUCUCAUACUAUCAUAGGAGAAGGCAAGCAGCCGAGUUUGGCGCAUUGCUGGACAAACAGACCCAAGCAGCAGUGGUGGCCCAACACAAUUUACUUCAGAGUUUGGCAGCCGUGCAUUCCAAUGACUCGAAUAGUAACAGCAAAAUGGAACGUUUUCUGCCCAAUCACUUUGUAGAGGCUCAACUGGGCAAUGAGGCAAAUGGCAAUGUCAAUGGUGGCACGGGCAAUAACAGUGUCUAUGAUGAUGCCUCGCCUAUGGCCUUGCAGAUAACACGCAAGGAACAUGAUAGUCAUGACAUGCCCCAUGAUUUGCCUGAAAAUGCUGCACACAAUCUCCUGCAAGCUCAUCUUAGUGGUGGCGCAGCAGCUGCUGCAGCGGCGGCGGCAGCAGCCAAUGGCCUAAAGGAGGCUUUGGUACAACAAUUCGAAAAAGACUGCAAUGGGGCCUUGAAUCUGCAAACCAGUGACAACAACAUCUCCAUGAACGAUACUGAUUCUUACAGAUCGGAACCAAUGUCGGAUGGUGAAUUCAAUCCAGAUGAUAUACAGCUAAUGCAAACAAAUUACAAUGGUGCUCAAAAUUUCUACCCCAACAAUAUCGAUCACAAUAUUCUGCAUCCCGAUGUUAUAGUGGACACCGAUAAUCUCACAGAAUGCAGCAGUGGAGAGACACCCAAGACCAAACGCAAGCUAUCAACCUCCACCGAUGGUGAUAGCACCAAUUAUGAGCUAAUCGAAUACCUAAAGAGGCGUGAGAAGAGAGAUGAAGAAUUGCUAAGGCGCAUGGAUGCCAGAGAGGAGAGACUAUUAAAUUUACUGGAAAGAACUGUGGUGGCCAUUGAGGCUUUGACACAGCAACCACGUUGCACACACCCACCGCAGCAAAGACAAAACCCGGAAACGGAAGUCAAACUGCUUAACGGAAGUAAUAAGUCUGAAAAGAAAUCCACUUCCGAAGACAACAGCGAGGAUGAGAGCAGUGAGAAGACUUCUUAAGAUGAGAUAACAAAUCAAACGCUCUCAUCAGUGUCAUCAUCAUCAUCAUCGUCAACGUUCACCAAAUGCAAAUACUCAAAUCAAAUGACUUAAUUAGAACCAAAGAAUGCUAAGUUUUUUCUAUGAGAUUUCUUUAAUUAUAGUUUUACAAACCAAAAAUUUUAUUUAAUUGUAAUUUUAACCAUAAACUCUAAAAACAAGCAACUAAAGCCAAAAAAAACCAAAAAGCCUUAAACUCUGUGCCAAAAAUUUACUUAAUUAUUUAUAUUUAAAAAAAAAUAGCAAACAUAAAAUAUAGAAAAUGCAUUUUCUAUGCCUUAUGUUUCUUAACAUAUGUGUUUCCGCUGAAGAAUUUUAAAUGUUUUUUUUAUCCUAGCUGUAAUCAAGUAAAACAAAAAAUGCCUACCAUGACUUUGAUUUUUGUUUAUUGUAAAUCUGUAUUGUACUCAAUAUUUUAAAUAUGUGUUUUUUUUUUGUAAUACAUCCUAAAGUACCAGCAUGAAUUUAUGUAUGCCUGUACUUUGUAAGUGCCUUAAAUGAACAAAUUUUAUUUAUACAAAUCAUAAAAAGCGUAACGGAAAGUUGGAGAAAUGAGCAAUAAAAAAACCCAACAAUUUA